AUGGCUGAAGACAGAGCUGAAGCGCUUGCCACCUUGAAGGCAAUGUUCCCAAACAUUGACUAUCUUGAAGAAGUAUUAGACGCGCAUGGUGGUGCCUUAGAACCAGCUCUUAAUACUUUAUUAGAAAUAUCUGAUCCUAAUUAUAAAAGUCAAGACAGUAUAGUACCCGUCCAAACAGAAAGUGGUAUCGUGACGUCAACAUCACGAGAACAACUACUACGUGACGAAGAAUUGGCACGUACUUUGGCAGCAGAGGCUGAUAGGGCUGCUGGAUAUGGAACAACUCAUAUCUCUAGGAAUGCACAAAAUCGUCCUGUCAACACUCAACAAAAUUCCGAUUUUAGUUUCUCAGACGAAUUGCCUGUAAUCAAAGAAAAAAUUGUAAACGUUGCUGACACCACAAAAAAGAAAGUAAAAGAAUGGUAUGAACGUCUCAAGCAGCAGACCCGUCCUGAAACCGAUGAAAGCACCACCAACAACCCAAAAUAUACAAAUUUACCUCAUAAUGAAAUGGAUAAUGGCCGUUGGGAAGAUGACUAUCUUCCUGUUUCUCAAUCAAAUAGCUCUCGACAAUCUGGGAUACGACAGAUACCUAGAAAUUCCGCGUCACAAUCGCCCACCACCACUCCUACAAUUGAUGGACCAAUAAAAAUUAUACGACAUGAUUCUGAUUUAUCAAAUACACAGGACAAUUCAUUAGAAACAUCCCCAUAUAUAAUCUCAGAUAUAGAUGAUGCAGAUCCGGAACGAAUGAUUUCUCCUAAAAAAAUACCUUCUCCACGACGGUAUGAAGUGGCUAGAGCCUCUAGUGCAGAGGUUUAUCGCCUCUCCACCUUUGAUAAAGAGGAACUCGCCAAACUCUCUAACGAUGAAUUGACUAGCUUAUUCACAUAUUUCACUAAAAAUCCUAAUGAACUUAAUGAUGUGGCGUUAUCCCUCAAAAACAGCGUAGACGAUAACGAUAAGAUCAAAUACCUAGUAUGUUUUUUCAUAGAUAUUCAAACGAUUGAAUCUCCAUUUUUUAAAUCGGACGACUCUGAAGGCUCACCAAGAAUAAAACGCGUUCUUCGAAUACAUCUAACCGAGAGGAUUUUGGCCGACAUCAAGAAAGUUCUGAUAUCGGCACCACCAUUUUCGGGAAAAACAGCGUUAGCGCAAUUAUUAGGAAUGGUCUUCAAGGAAAACGGUCUUAAAGUUAUUGGCAUCUCCUUUGCUGGAUAUAUUGUAGCAAUGGCGUGGACUGAUAUAAUUGCAGAUUCUAAUAAUUUAUUGAUCGCUGAUGAUGCUUACAACAUAUAUCACGUAGAGCAACUUUGUGGUGUCCUUGCAACAUCUACAUAUGGUAUUCAAGCAAGCCGAUUGGGCAACAUGGCCUCCCCAAGAAAUGUUCAAAAGACGAUCAUAAGAAGUUGGUGUUGUCACAGAUGCAAUAUGGAAGCAAUGCAGAGUCAUACAGGUUUAUGCCGUUUAGCAUUGGAAGAACUUACAAGGGCUUCUAAAGAUUGGGUAGGAGGCGUUGAAUUAGAAGCAUCACAGUUUAUUUCAGAAGAACGCUUACAAAGCAAUUGGAAAAUUUUCGAGCAUUUGCAAAUAUAUCAAAUUUGGAAAAAUUUGUAA